CCCCGAGGCCCUGCAGGCCCUGCAGGGUGCCCUGCAGGCCAUGGCGUCGUACCGCCGGCGGCGGGGGUCGUCGCACGGCCGGCCCGUGGUGGUGGCGCUACUGCAGCUCAUGGCCCUCAUCUAUGCAGCCACGAAUGACCAGAAGACCAACUUCGCCGAGCCCAUCCCCAACGUGACGGUGGCCCUGGGCAGGGACGCCUCGCUGCCCUGCGUCGUCAACAACCUAGGAACCUACAAAGUGGCGUGGAUCCACAUCGACCGCCAGAUGAUCCUCACCAUCCACCGGCACGUGAUCGCGCGCAUCAGCCGCUUCAGCGUGUCGCACGACAACCAGAAGACGUGGCGGCUGCACGUCAACCAGGUGCAGCAGGAGGACCGCGGCUACUACAUGUGCCAGGUCAACACCAACCCCAUGAUCAACCAGGUCGGCUACCUGCAAGUCGUCGUGCCGCCCAACAUCCUGGACGACGCCAGCACGCCGUCCGCCGUGGCGGUCCGCGAGAACCAGAACAUCUCGCUGACCUGCCGGGCCGACGGCUUCCCGGAGCCGCGGAUACGAUGGAAGCGCGAGGACCAGCAGCCCAUCCCACUCGACCGGAAAAACAAAACCACCGAGCUCGUCGGCGACACCCUUCACCUGUCUCGGAUCACGCGCGCUGAGAUGGGGGUCUACUUGUGCAUCGCCAGCAACGGCGUGCCGCCCACCGUCAGCAAGAGGAUCACCGUGGACGUCGAGUUCCCGCCCAUGAUCUGGGUGCCCAACCAGCUGGUGGGCGCGCCCGCCGGCACCAACGUGACCGUGGACUGCCACACGGAGGCCUUCCCGCGCGCCAUCAGCUACUGGGUGUACGACGGCCAGAUGGUGCUGACCACCUCCAAGCACACGCCCGUCACCACGGAGAACUCGUACCGGUCGCACAUGCAGCUCACGGUGCGCGACCUCAAGGCCAAGGACUUCGGCAGCUACAAGUGCAUCUCCAAGAACUCGCUGGGCGAGACGGAGGGCUCUAUCCGGCUCUACGAGAUCCCCAUGCCGUCCUCGGCACCCAAGGCCACGGAAGUGCGCAGCGGCUCCCCGAAGGAAGGUUCGGGCGUCGCCGUCUCCACGUUCGCCGCCCUGGCCGUGGGGCUGCCGGUGCUGGUCGGCGUCCUCAACUGAGCUGCCAUUGGCCGCCAUUUGGCCGAGUGACGUCAUCGGCGGCUGGAACGCGCUGCUAUUGGCUGAGGCUGCGCCGGGCUCCGCGGCUCCGCCAAUCGCGAGACGGGACGGGCCGAGCCGGACUCUUUGAAAACAGUGCUCUAGCUUACGUUUCGUGUUGUUUUUGUUUGUGCCGCGUGGCUGGUGUGGUUACCAGUGGCGAAGAGCCGCGAGCAAAAAGACAACGUCCCCGUCACCAAGAAGACCCCCGGGCUGGCGGCAGAGAGCGGGUUCGCUCCACGGUGUGCGUUUCGGAGAGGUUCAGGACCAACGCGAGUGCGUCGAGUGCUCGAACUGGACACGAGAGACUUCAGAGACAACGGGCCGGGCUAGAGGCACCGGCUAGCACUAGAGAGGCGUGUGUGUGCGUGUGUGUGCGUGUGUGUGCGUGUGUGUGUAUUCGUCAGCGCGACACUGAGCUGCGCCGCGAGUGGUCAGGGAACGGUCAAAGUGGUUCUCUUCAAGAUACGAAUGGUUGUGAGGAAUGUAUCCGGUUACCUGUGUAACGCUGCAAUGUGCGUACUUCGUACUUCCCUUUCAGAAAGCAAGGAAAUCACACCAACAUGAUGCUGUCCAAAACGUUUUAUUAAAGUAAUUUCAGAAAUUACUCAAGUAAAUGUUCACAGUUGGCCUGCGAGGAACAGGAUCGUCACCUGAACUGUGUCAUAGUAUACCUUCAUGAAACAUAUCUAGACCCAACGUAUAGCACUAAGACUGUUUAAGUUUAAAGAAAAUUAACUUGUUGAAUGUUUUCUUUUCUUUUGUCGCGGUCGCCUGGCCCGAGCCGCGGCCGGAUUUCGCUGUUUUGUUUCCGACUAAAGUUUGCUGUAGUCGUGAUUUGCGUAGAAGGGGCACUUUAUAGUGAUUCACGGUCAAACAGUAUUUUAUAAACUUCUUUCUAUUCCUCUUGCUAGUAGAAAACAGAUUGGAUACACGUUGUCGACAUCUAUCGCUUCAUAAAUGUCCUCGCUGUCGCUUGGAGUGUAAAAAAAAGUCAGUUGAAACAACUGGCCUGUCAAUGUAAAUAGAGGCGGCGCGAAGGGGAGCGAAACAUGUGUUUUUGUUGUUGUUGUUGUAACUUUUGAUUUCUGUUUCGUUUUUGGUUUAGUUUGCUCAAGUGUGGGAACGUGGGGAAUACAACGCCGUGAGGGUGUGGCAAUAGCUAGCGCUGUGAUGAACGACUCGGCAUGAUGAUGGUUGUUAAUUAAUAAAUUAAUUGCGUUUCGUGUAAAUAAAAUAUGUCCUUUAUGUACAGAACUAGGCGUCGUACUCGUCGUUAGCAGGUUUGUGCCAAAAUAUUGAUUUGCUUUGUCUGUGGCUUGCUGCAUAGUGUCGCCGAGUGUGGGUACGACGUGAUGCAGACCAAAAGAGAAAAGAACACUCACGUGGACUUUGCCACUGGGGUGCGAGGAAAGGUGACGUAACUGUUAGUAGUUUUUGGAUGAUAAUUUCGAAACCCCGAUAAACCUCUCCUGCAAGCUUUUUGUGAGACUCUUCUUUUCCCCGUAAAAAAAAACUAAACCUACGAAAAAUUAUGUUACGAAUAAAAUCCAAGUUGCUGUAUAUUUGUAUUAUGCCUGCUCGAAAUUGUCCAAAAAAAUAAAUAAAUCAGUAAAACAAAUUUCCCAUUA